CUCAUAGCCCACACAGCUCCUCCGUGUCUAGGACGACAAAUGGCAAAUGCCGCGCACUCCGUGAAUAUUCUGCAACUCUUCCCGCCAUGUUUCAGAUUCUUUGAUGCAUCGGACAUUGUCGAUUUCUCGAUUAUAUGUCGAUCAGCCUCCUCGACAUCACAAGCGACAUCACAAGCGGCCACCGAGUUCCGGCGCACGAUGAUUUUGGAUUGCUAUCUAAUUAUUUUUCUGCGUGUCCGGAGCCGCGCCUGUGUCGUGGAGCUCGAAUGCUCCAAGAAGUCUCUCGGACGGAGAAGCCAUAUUUCUCUCGAGGAACUUUUAAGGAGCUUCGUUUCUCAGAUUCCGAGUCUCUAGUUGUGGAGGCUUGGUGAUUUUCUGGCACUCUUCGAGUUCCUUUCGGACCUUCAUUAAAACUUUGGCAGAUUCUGCCGAUUGUGACAUCGUGCAGUGAGAAAUGGAUAUCCGUAUGCCUCACCCGUUUUGGAGCUUCACUCUGUUGUGUACCGUCAUCGGGUAGUUGUCACCAUCUUGCUGACAAUUUCAGUUCGAGGAGGAGGGAUGAGAUUUUGGUUUGCAGAGAGGCAAUGUUAGAGAGAAACAUGGAGGAAAGUAGGCGAGCUUACCAGCAAAAAGAAAGUUCGUUCACUGAGAAAGUAAUGCUGCUCCUUGCGAACCCGGAGAGCUCAAGAGUUACUCUUGCGAGGAAAAAGGACAGGAGAGAGGGCACACGCUGGUGGUGUUGUGAGUUUGGAUCCUUGGCGCAGUUCUGGACCGGUUUCCGCGUCUAGGAAGUCAGAUAGUUGUAAGAUUUGCCCACACCUGAGAAUUGUCGGAUUUUCAAUCGCCGCCAGACGCUUUAGCUGCUGGCGAGUGGAACCGAAGGACGGGGAAAUGGGGUCCGUCGACAAUGUGGCGCUGGAUACCUUGAUGAGUAUAACUGGCGCAACUGAAGCCGUCAUCACCCGCCUGUUGCAGGUUCCGUGUUCUGGAAUUAAGCUUUUGAUCGACUUGGGCUCCAAUCGUGGAUGUAGCGCAUCCAAUUUGCGCAACUUCGCACAGACACUGACACCACGUUAUAUAGGCGUGGAAGCAGUAGAGUGGAGGACAUGCAUCCUCCAAGCGGCUGGGAACGCCACAGGGCCAAUCAAGGAAUCGGCUGAAAGCUUCGUUUUGUUAUGUGUCAAGGCCAGUACUUGGUGUACAGAAAUUGUUUCUGCUGAUUUGCAAGGUCGUAAGUCUGAUCGGGACCUCUCUGUCGGCUAUCUAUCGAAGAUUCAAACUGCAGUGCUCAAAUUAGUAACUGGAAUUUUUGAAGGAUUGGUGGAAAAGUACUCGCCGCUAGAACCGCUACUUUUUGAGGAGUCUCUUGCUUCUGAUGUUGAGAGGUUGAUAAGCAGUUCGUUUGCGAUGGUGAAGAUUGUAUACCUUUCUUCCAUGAAACAUCCUUCUCUGCAAUCGAGUGAUAACGAGGGCAUGAGGAAACGCUGCCACGAACUUCUGAGCUUGACCUUUCGUCUAGUAUAUACUUUCCGUCGACACGUUGGGGGUAGUACGUCAGCUACUGCUGGUUCGUCUGCAUUCGAUAAUCAGGAAGGUUGUCAAUCGCCAGAGAGGUGGCAGCUGCAGGCCACCUCCCUUCGCAUUGUCGCGUCGUCUAUAAGGUCCCUUUCUGAACUGGGAGACUUAUCUACAAGAGGUGGAGCGAUCUCUCUUGGCCUGCUAAACGUUUCCUGGAAGAGCGUCGUGGCAUUGCUUCAAUUGGAGGAAGGACGAGAUUCUGUGGCAUCUGCUGUCGACAUAACGAACAUAUUUUCUUCGUUGUUGCACCAUUCCGUCCAGGCGCUGAAAGCAGCUGUGAAGAGCUGGCUCGUGUCCUCUAACUCGGGAGAAAGAGAUGCACGAAGGCUUUGCAUACCGGUGAAGUUCUUUCUACAGAUGGCUGAAAAAAUUUCAUCUUUCUACCCGCAGAAGGCUGUCAUUGCCAGUGCAUCUAUAAUAUCAAUUUUGUCAAAAGUAUAUGCCUCUCUGCUUCUUCGGUACAAAGACGUAGUCAUCCAGAAAACAGCAAUGCAGGUUUUAGCCGAAUUGGUAAUUCCGACCGCAAUCGAUGUUCUGCAUAAUCUCCUGAAAGCACAAAGUGUGGAUAAGGAGUUAAAGGUUAAGCUCUUGCACAUGACGACCUCCGACACAGAUGAUCUGGAGAGUUUCCAUUCCAUCGCGGAACUGGACGGAGGACAAGAAGAAAAUGAAGUGCUUGAUGAGCUUUUUAAUGGCAAAACUAGCGGCCUGGGACUUCUCAAAACCGGUCGUCUUGCGAUCUUUGUCUCGCUUUUGCAGCUUUCGAGCCACUACGAUAUCAUUUUACUACGGGAGCUCACUCUGAAACUGCAUUGGCUUCUUGAUGCUGCUCCGGACCAAGGAGUUUACGUUGUUUUGACGCAAGUGAGACUACUGCCUAUUUGGACUGCAGAUGAUAAAAUAACUUGGAAUAGUCAACUGAUUUUCACGUGGUUGUCCCAUUCCCUUCAAUGCUUCGCGGGAGUUGGUGCUCGUGAUGAUCAUGUCUGGUCCGAGUUUCAGCAUUUCCUCCUUGAGAAUGUCUUGCAUCCCUGCGCUGUUUGCAGAGAACUGAUUUUGGACGUGUGGUGCUUCGUGAUUCGUCACUGUGACGCGAUCUCUGCGCAAAGGCACAUUGAAGUGCUGCUCUCUCUUCUUCAAGACUUGGUCGCCGCGAGGGUGGAUAGACCCAUGCUGCGGAGACUAGCCAGAGUUUUGUGCGCACUUGUGGAAGAGAUCCCAGAGAUACUGGCUCCUCGUGUAGAUGCCGAUAUCUUCAGGCGAGAUCCAUUUUCCAGCGAGAUUACCGCCACUCUUGCGACCCUACUUCUCGAGGAGGGCUACUCUGUAACUCUCCUCAACUAUGGAAGCAGGAAAGCAAGCUUCAACCGAUUGUUGUCCUGUUGCAUUGCCGGUGGAAAGGGACUCGUCGACUCUCUGAAACAGGAAGAAAUUAAUUUCUCCAAGUUUUCUGCCCAAAAGCAUGCUCUCACCAGUUUACAGCUGCUCCUUUGCGAAAGUGCGUUUCGCGGGGAGGAGAUUGAAGUCCAAUACUUGCAGGAGAUCGCACUCAUUGCCCAAGACCUGCUGUCGAAGACUGUCCAAGAAGCUGCAAGGUUAGCAAUUUGUCGAAAUGCUGAAAUUGUGAGCCACGCCCUGCAGCUGAUUCCCCACGUGCAGCACCUGCUCGACCCCUUAUACCUGCAAACUCUUCUUCCAAAACUAUAUGACUGCUGUGUUGUACCGUCACGGGGCACAACGAGCAAGGAGCUCAAACAGGCCUUACCUGAAUUUCUGGCAAAUCUUAGCGAUAUCGUCAUGACAGAGGAAGAGGAGAAUCCCGCAAUGAGGGCACUGUGGGGACUCUUCCAUCUGGUACUGAAGGAAACUCACUGGGCGUUGGUGCACAUGGGGCUCGCAUCGUUCAGUCAUUACGCAGCGAACACAUCUUGCCAAGAGCUGUGGCGUUUUGUUCCUCACGAUGCAGCAUUGGCUCGGAAGGCACGCGGGGAUGAUGUAACGGGAGACGUCUUCAUGAGUGCCCUGAAAUCCUUUAUAGAGAAGGAGGGUGCCGAGAAUUCCUUAGCUCCCUCUGAUGAAGAGGUACAGCUUUUGAGAAGCGAAGGAGCUUUGCUUCACAAGUUCACGGAUAAUGGGGUCAGCAGAAGAAUUGAGAAUGUGGAUCUGGACGAGAUGGAGAUCGACAGCGUAAUCAAAGAUUCGGCUGAAGUGAACUUAACUUUGGACAUGAUAUGUAGAGGGACGGCAGUGCUGAAGGAUAUACUGCCCAGCUGGUUGGCAGCCAAGGGCUCUGGUUCUCAUCAGUGGCAAAGCAUACGCAUGCGACUGGCUGAUCUGAAGGAAGACAUUGGUACUCUGCUGCAACUGGAGUAAUCGACUGCAAUCAAAGUACGUGCUCUGAAUCAAGGCUUCCUUUGAGUGUGCCCAGUGUGAGCGGUGAACACGGCCCGUUCCUUCUCCAGACCACGCUCGACAGCGAGGACGGUGUCAAAGCUCCGUCAGGAUCCGAACCUCGGCUGGAGGACUAUCAAGCGUUUCUUCCGCAUGAGAAUAAUGUCAGAGAGGCAGCCGAUCAAGCUGAAAUCAAGGCUAGUAGCUUCUCGUCCUCAUUCCCAACGUAUGCGGUCGAGUGCACAAGAAGUGUCUACACUUUCCUUCACCUACGACCCACUUGAAUAAUUUGAUGGCUUAGCGGCCAUCACAUUAUGCAAGUCACGGACAAAACUCUUAAAGGUUGACUAGGUGCCAACAAUCAAGUCGAAGACAAAUAAAUGAUACCACUGAAAGUUAAACGGUUUGGUUCGAAAUGAUUCCAGGAAUCCAGUCACAUUGAACCCCAAAGAAGUAUUAGAUCCAGGGCUCCAUUCCACGCACGUGACAAAAUAUGCGUAAAAAUACGCGCAAUUGUUUUUUCUAUAUAUUUGAUCAAUUUAGAAUAGAAGAUAUUACAUAUUAUCGAAUUUGGAGCUACUAAUACACGUGUUACAUAUAU